GAGUUGCGACGAAUUGUAAUCUUUGGGCCGGAAUGGAAUUAUACCUUCCUUGGGUUGGAAUGUCAUGUCAAAGGUUUGUCCAAAAUGGUUUUUUGAAUGGGGAACAUGAUGGACCAUGUGAUGCAACGGGACACCCUAUCGGCAAAGCCAUGAGGUGUAAACGGUUGACUCUUUGCCGCAGCAUCGCCAGCGUUACGAUGGGACUUGGCGAUGGGUGCUCCGUGUCCGCUUACCGUACCGUCAUCUCAUGGUAAAUCUGCUGUUAUCAGCAGUCAUCGUCCUCAGCAUCUGGACACCCAUUGCAGGUGCUGGACAGGAUGACUGCACCGACCAGUUAGAGGUUAAUGCGGCGCAUGCGGUCUUCCUACAAACGGCUUUGGCCACAGAGCCCAGCCAGAAGACUCCGAGAACGGUUCCAGAAACGGUUCCGUCGCUCUCGGUGUUAGAGGUGAAGGCCACUGAGCUAAUGAAGAGCCGAUCUUCCUCGGUGGUGUUGUUAGUACUGGUCGUGGUGAUGCUCUUUAUGAUCCCAGUGAUAGUGUACGUACUAUCCGAAGGCAGUAGCACUGGCUCGGGGCACCGACUCUUGGAGGGCGCAUCCAAGGGCAAAGGGGAGGUGGGUCCCUCACACCCGGGCUCCUCGCGUCAGCUGCGAACACCUGGUGUGGCAGGCUCCCAGCGAAUGAGCAUUGACUCGCAGGCGGUGCUGCCCCCGACAGCGCAGCACUACUCGCCCUCGGACGGGCCUCCGGUGAUUUGUCGAGAGCUUGUGCUCCCGGAGACGGAAGCGCGCUUUCUGAUCGAAGCGGCGAGCUUAAGAUCAGAAGGUGGCAGAACGGUGACCAUUCUGGGUGGUUCAGGUCGACAGCCCCUGCUGGUGGCGUAUUUACAGGACCACGGACCCAAAGGCUUCCAGCUCUGGUUGCACUCCAUGGGACAAAACUCCACGGUGCUCGACACCCCACGUGCUGUGGUGGUUCCUGGUAGGUCAAUGGCCAACUUUGAAAUUUAUGACAGAGAUUUGAAGCUUUACGGCGAGUUGGAGAGCAGUCACCCAGGGCGUUUGACUCUGAUGUGCAAUGGUUUCCCAGUCUUGGUCAUCGACGCGACGAGCGAUGAGCUGCACUACAACGCCUGCCAGAUGGACGGAAGGAUGUUGGCCACUGGGCGCCUGGCCCCGGAUGUGCCGCAGCACGUGCUGGCGAAAUUGGGCGGCGAAGCUUGGCGCCUGCGAGUUGUAGCAGGUUGCGAUGCCAUCGUCGUCCUGUCCACGAUGUUGACCGCCAUGCUGAUGAAACGCUUUCGGCCAGGGUCCGCUGCAUCUUCCAUGCCUCCCAGUGCCAAGCCCUCCAUCAUUCUGGGCUAGGCGUUGACCCUCGGAGCCUCGAGCUCUUGAGACCUGACCCAAGUUCCACAUCUAUGGUCUAUGUAUGCUGGGUACAAUCACCAAUACAAGGAAUAUAAGGAAGAACCACAAAUUUCGAUGGCUGAAUAGCUGAAAAUAAGGUGCCAGGACAGAUUUUGGUUUUCUUGGUCAAAAUAUCAGAGGAUUUUGCCAAUCCAUUGAUUUUGGCGAGGCCUUUAUUGUUUUGGUGGGAUGUCAUGGCCAGGUGUAGCUGCCGCAGAUUCGAUUAAGGUAAGCUGAUCGAUUUCUGUGGGAGAAAAAAC